ACGGUUUUCCGUUGCCUUUCCAAGAAGCUAGGCUGCGCCAGGCAUAUCCAUUCCAUUUCAUUCACAUUUGCAUUUUCAUUUUCAUUUUCAUUUCGAAAGCAUUUCACGUCACAUCGCAUCUUCUUCUUCUCCUCAUUCCGAUUCCUUUCCUCUUCUCCUCAAUUCCACAUUUCUUCCACGUCAGGAGGGGGAGGGGGAGGACCAAUCACAAUCACCAUCACCAUCACCAUAGUGAUGAAAAUGCAAAUUGCAAUGCAAUGAAAUGAAAUGACUUUGCCGCCAAUGCGGGCUUGAAGGCCCGUUAGAUUCCAUUAUUUAUUUAAUUAAUUUAAUUUAAUUUAAUUUAACUUUCUCAUUACAAGCAAGAUAAGAAGAUUGUUGGUAUAUGUGAGUGUCAAUGUGAUGAUUCAAUUUGGUUGGAAUCUUGUAUAUCAUUGUUCAGGGAUUGGUGAAGAAAUGUACUGAGCGAAUUUUCCAUUGGAGUGCACCACGUUGGGGGGGGUCGUGGAGUGCCAUGGAGCAUAUUCCCCCCUCUGAAAUUCCUCAUUCUCGACACCGCAGGGUUCGUCCCAAAAGCAGUGUCCAGUUUGAUGACAAAGUCAUCUUUCAUGAUGACAAUGGUAACCUCAUCUAUGUUAAUGAUCCCAUCAAGACUAAUGAAAAGUAUGAGUUUGCAGGCAAUGAGAUCCGAACCAGCAGAUACACUCUUCUCAACUUCUUGCCCAAGAACCUUUUCAUCCAGUUCCACCGGGUUGCUUAUCUCUAUUUCCUUGCCAUUGCUGCUCUCAAUCAGCUUCCUCCACUUGCCGUUUUCGGCCGAACUGUGUCCCUUUUCCCCCUUUUGUUUGUGCUUUGUGUCACAGCUUUCAAGGAUGCCUAUGAGGAUUGGCGCAGGCACAGGUCGGAUAGCCAUGAAAACAACCGCCAGAGCCUGGUUCUUCAAUCCGCUCAGUUCCGCCCCAAGAGAUGGAAAAAUAUACAGGCUGGUGAUGUUGUUAAAAUCCUUGCUGAUGAGAUGAUUCCUGCUGACAUUGUCUUGUUGGGGACAAGUGAUCAGAGUGGGGUUGCCUAUAUUCAGACGAUGAAUUUGGAUGGUGAGUCGAAUCUGAAGACAAGGUAUGCUAAGCAGGAAACAACUUCAUUGGUGUUGCCAGAUGCUUGUGCUGUCUCUGGAGUUAUUACAUGUGAGCCACCCAAUCGGAAUAUUUAUGAGUUCACAGCCAACAUGGAGCUCAAUGGGCAUAAGUUUCCCCUUAACCAGUCAAACAUUGUGUUGCGUGGUUGUGUUCUGAAGAAUACGGAGUGGAUAAUUGGUGUAGUGGUUUAUGCAGGACAGCAAACAAAAGCAAUGUUGAACAGUGCAGCUUCCCCUUCCAAGAGAAGCAAGCUGGAAAGUUACAUGAACAGAGAAACUUUUUGGUUGUCAGUUUUUCUUUUCAUCAUGUGCGCUGUUGUGGCCCUUGGGAUGGGUCUCUGGCUGGUACGCCACAAGGAUCAGCUUGAUACCUUGCCUUACUACAGAAAAACAUACGUCACCAACGGGCCGGAUAAUGGAAAGCAUUACAGGUAUUAUGGGAUACCGAUGGAAACAUUCUUCUCCUUUUUGAGUUCUAUUAUAGUGUUUCAGAUAAUGAUACCAAUAUCUCUUUACAUCACAAUGGAGUUGGUCCGUUUGGGUCAGUCAUACUUCAUGAUAGGGGAUAGGGAUAUGUAUGAUGCUAACUCUGGAACAAGGUUCCAGUGUAGAUCAUUAAAUAUAAAUGAAGAUUUGGGUCAAAUACGCUACGUGUUUUCAGACAAGACCGGGACACUAACAGAAAACAAAAUGCAGUUUAAAAGAGCUAGUGUACAUGGAAAGAACUAUGGAAGCUCCUUGCUUAUAGCUGGUAAUAAUACGGCAGCAGCCGAUAGUGGUAAACAAAUAUGGAAGCUCAAAUCUGAAAUUCCAGUUGAUUCUGAACUAGUGGCAUUGUUGCAGAAAGACUCAAAUAGAGAUGAAAGAAUUACUGCACAUGAGUUUUUCCUUACAUUGGCUGCUUGUAAUACUGUGAUCCCCAUUAUUUGUAGCAGUACAUUUCCCAGUUGUGGAAAAGGAGAAUCAAAUAAAAACAUAGAAUGUAUUGAUUACCAGGGAGAAUCUCCUGAUGAACAAGCUCUAGUUUCUGCUGCCUCUGCAUAUGGAUAUACUCUAUUUGAGCGAACAUCUGGAAACAUUGUUAUCGACGUCAAUGGUGAGAAACUCAGGUUGGAUGUAUUGGGGCUGCAUGAGUUUGAUAGUGUGCGAAAGAGGAUGUCUGUUGUUAUACGGUUUCCUGACAAUGUGGUUAAGGUGUUGGUUAAAGGUGCUGAUACUUCAAUGUUUAGCAUUUUAGCACAUGGCGAGGAAAGCAACAAUGGCAUAUGGCAAGAAACUCAGAGCCAUUUAAAUGAAUAUUCUUUGCAAGGUUUACGAACGCUUGUAAUUGCCUCCAGGGAUCUUUCAGAUUCCGAACUUGAGGAGUGGCAAAGCAUGUAUGAAGAUGCGAGCACUUCAUUGACUGAUAGAUCUGCAAAACUACGUCAAAUAGCAGCUCUUAUAGAAUGCAAACUAAAGCUACUUGGAGCAACUGCAAUUGAGGACAGGCUACAGGAGGGUGUACCAGAAGCUAUCGAAUCCCUGCGACAAGCUGGAAUCAAGGUCUGGGUUCUCACUGGUGAUAAACAAGAGACCGCAAUUUCAAUUGGUCUUUCUUGUAAACUUCUGAGUGUAGAUAUGCAGCAGAUAGUUAUAAAUGGCACUUCAGAGGUUGAGUGCAGUAAUCUCUUGGCUGAUGCUAAAGCGAAGUAUGGUGUGAGAUCUUCAAGUAGAGGACAUCAGAAUCCGAAGUGCGAAACUGAUUCUAAACAUGGUGGCCCUGAUAUUCACAAUGGCACAAAAUCCUUGAGCAUGCCCAAGUGGAAUCCUGGAAAGGAGGAGGGAACUACUGCUCAAUUGGCUCUCAUAAUUGAUGGGACUAGUUUGGUUUAUAUUUUGGAGAAGGAACUACAGUCAGAGCUUUUCGACCUUGCAACUUCCUGUAGGGUUGUGCUAUGCUGCCGUGUUGCACCCUUGCAGAAAGCAGGAAUUGUUGAUCUGAUAAAAAGCCGCACAGAUGAUCUAACAUUAGCCAUAGGUGAUGGGGCAAAUGAUGUAUCAAUGAUCCAAAUGGCAGAUGUUGGUGUUGGAAUAUGUGGGCAGGAAGGGCGCCAAGCAGUGAUGGCAUCAGAUUUUGCCAUGGGACAAUUCCAGUUCUUGAAAAAAUUGCUUUUGGUUCAUGGGCACUGGAAUUAUCAGCGUAUUGGUUAUUUAGUUCUGUACAACUUCUACCGCAAUGCUGUCUUUGUGCUUAUGCUAUUCUGGUAUAUAUCAUGCACCGCUUUUUCUACCACUUCAGCAUUGACAGAUUGGAGCAGUGUACUUUAUUCUGUGAUAUACACUUCUAUCCCCACGGUCAUUGUUGGUGUUCUGGACAAAGACUUGAGUCAUAGGACUCUCCUACAGUAUCCAAAAUUGUAUGGUGCAGGUCACCGGCACGAGGCUUAUAAUAUGCAAUUAUUUUGGAUCACAAUGCUUGACACACUAUGGCAGAGUCUUGUUCUCUUCUACAUUCCUGUAUUUACCUAUAAGGACAGCACACUUGAUAUAUGGAGCAUGGGCAGUUUAUGGACAAUUUCGGUUGUUAUCCUUGUAAAUGUACACCUGGCUAUGGACAUUAACCAAUGGGCACUAGUUAAUCAUGUUGCUGUAUGGGGAUCCAUAGUCAUUACAUAUGGUUGUGUGGUGAUAUUGGAUUCUAUACCAGUCUUUCCCAAUUACGGGACUAUUUAUCAUUUGGCAAGGUCCCCUACAUAUUGGAUGACAAUUUUGUUCAUAAUAAUAUUGGCGUUGCUACCUCGCUUUUUUUGCAAAGCUGUUUGUCAAAUAUUUUAUCCUUCAGAUAUCCAGAUAGCUAGAGAAGCUGAGACCAAGAGUAAACAGCAUGAUGAUUUGCGAUCAAAGCUACCAAUUUCAAAUUAACUUGAGUUACUCUAUCUUUUAGAAACUAGAGAAUCUCAUUGGAACAGUGUCAUUGUAUUUGUCCAUCACAUUGCAUUCUCGAGGCAGUUGGCUGUAUAAGUGGCCAGGCAAGUGUGAGUAGCAGCAGCAGAUUGCACUAAUGCGAAACAGAUGCUUUCUCCUACUUAGUAACCAAGUAUGCCGUGGGGAAUCACAUGUAAAGUUGUGAAGCCAAGCCCGGUCGGUAAAUGCAAUGGAAGAGGGCUAGAGUAGUACUCAGCAAUUAAUUGUGGACGAAAUUUGACAAUUCGGGCACUGGCGACAUGAUUAUGAUCCACUGGUCUUGAGAGUUGCUUGUUUGAGGGUUACAGAGGAACGAGAUGUACAAUAGUUCUGUAAAAAUCAGUCUUGUAUUAUCCUCCUUUUUGAAAAAAAAAAAAAAAGCAAACAGAAAAAUUGUCUAAAGAAAAGAUAAAAUAAAAUAAUGUAAUUUCCACAAUCCAUAAAGCUAAAAAUAUUAAAAUUUCAGAACUUUAAAAAGUAAUUAUUUUUAAUUAACUAAAACUAUAAUUCUAAAUUCCUUCUAAAAACAAUUUUAAAUUUCUUUUUCAACUUUUGCUGAGGCUCACUCUUGCUCGUCCUCCCUUGUUCUUUCUCAGGCUUGUUGGAAAUUGUAAUUACUAUUACCUCUCCCCAAAUGAGAAAGAAAAACUCAUUAUUUCCCUGUUUUUCUUUUGAUAAUUAUAUAGGUACUAUUGCUUCUUGGUGCCAUUGACUCUCCCUAUAAUUUUGGUCACUGUUUACUUUCAUUGGCUCAGCAUGAAAUUGUUCAAGCAUGCUUAGCUUAACUUUGCCAGAUUUUGAGGGCAGAAAGACCUGUAUGCUAUUAGAGAACACCUAUAUCAAUUGCUUCUUUGGUAUAGUCAUGCAGAACCUGCACUCCUUUAAUCACCACAAAAAGCAGAUUGUUUGUGCACAUUGUCAUCAACUCUUUCUUUGGAGAGUUAUGUGUAUCAUUCAGUCCUUCUAGCAGCAUAAAUUGCUUUGGAGGCUCAUUAGGUUUAUCGUUUUGCACUUUUUGAUGUAGUACACCUUCAUGAAUGAUGAGUUAAUUUCCAUCUUCUAGUAACU